GCUGCAGGUGGCGCCUCCCCGCCCCCGCCCCGCCGUGCCUGCCUGCCGGCCCCCGUCUGCUGCUCUUGGGCUCCCCGGCGAGCCCCCUCCGCGCCCCGCCUCCUCGCUGCCAGCCAGCCCCGCCCGAAUCCCGGCUACCUGCGGCAGGGCUGGGCAGGCUGCUGCAGGGCUCCCUCUGCCCCGGCCCGCCCGGCCUUUUCCUGGAAGAGGCGGCGGCGGCGGCGGCGGCGGGAGUGGCUGGCCUCUGCUGCAGAGCGGCUGCCCCGCCCGCGCUCCACAAGCCACCGGGGGUGGGGGGGGGCAGGCUGCUGCGUCCGAGGAGGGCGGUGGGCUCGGGAGCAGAGCAGGGCUCCCCUGGGCCCCCUGCCGUGGGGGGGGGCCCUUGGGAAGGCGGGGAGGCCCUCCCGCCGCCGCAGCCCCUCCUCCCCCCCUCUUGGCGCCUCCCUCCUCUGCACCAGCCGGCAUUUGGGCAAGGGGGGGUUACUGGGCCGGCCAUGGGGCUGGCCCAGCUCAAGGUGUGGGGCUGAUGAAUCAGCAUCCGCUGCGCCUCUGUGCGCGCUGCUGUGCUGGGGAAGAGCGAAGCCGGGAGGCAGCGCCAGGGUGGGUCGCCUGGAGAGGAAAAGGCCUGCCCCUGCUUGCCUGCCUGCUCCAGUGGUGGCACCCCUGGCUGCCCCCCUGGGCCAGUGCCCGCUGUGGCCCGGCUGCCCGCAUUCCGCCAUGCCCCGGGACUGGCAUGGAGCCCGCGGGGAGCCUGCUGGUGGGCAAGCGCUUCUACUGCCGGGAGUGGGCCCUCGGCCGCCUGGCGCUCAGCUUGGAGGGGGGCGGCGGGGGGGUGCUGGUGACGGGGGGCCCUGGCAGUGGCAAGACGGCCCUCUGCACCGAAGCCCUGUGGCCCACCUCCGAGCCCGGCCGCCGGGCAGGCCUGCGCAAGUCGGCCCUGGCCUGGCACUUCUGCCAGCCCCACGAUGCCUCCACCUGCUCCCCACGGGGCUUCUUGCUGCGGCUGGUGGGGCAGCUGGAAGGCUGCCCCCUGCUGCCGGGCUACUGUGACCGCCUGAGGCAGGCAGGCACCCCACACCCCCUCGAGAAGACGGGGGCCUGCAAGGAGGACCCCGAUGAAGCCUUCCGAAGAGCUGUGCUGCUGCCCCUGCUGGACCUGCCGCCGCCCCCCAAGCCCCUGCUGCUGGUGGUGGACGCGCUGGAUGCAGGCACAAGUGACCGGGAGGAGGAAGAGGAGCAGCAGCAGCAGCAGCAGCAUCCCUUCCCUCCAGGGCCCAGCCGGACCAUCGCCCAGCUCCUGGGGAGCCACCUGCAGCUGUUGCCCCCCUGGCUACUCCUGGUGUGCACCGCACGCGCCCACAGCAAGGGCAUCCUGAACCUCUUUCCACGCUUCCAGCGGCUGUGCCUGGACGACCUGCGCUGCGACCCCGUGGUCUCGGACGUGCAGCAGUAUAUCCUGGCCCGGCUGAACCGGGAGGAGGCCCUCCGCCGGCACGUGGCACGGGACACGGCGGAGGCCCUCAGCCACCUGCACAUCAAGAGCAACGGCUGCCUGCUGUAUCUGGAGCGGGUGCUGGAUGGGGUGGCGGGGGAGCUGGUCAGCCUGCGCGAGGUGCGCCACAUCCCCGGCACCCUCCACGGCCUCUACCUGUGGCUCUGCCAGCGCCUCUUCCCCGGCCAGGAGUUUGCCAAGGUCCGGCCCGUGCUGGAGGCCCUCCUGGCAGCCCCUCACCCGCUGAGGCCUGCGGAACUCUACGCUGCCGUGUGGACGCGCCAUCCCGUCUCCCCGGAGGAGUUUGAGGGCCGCCUGGCCGCCUUGGCCGCCCUCCUCCACCGGAGCCGGAGCGGGGUCUGCCUGCUCUUCCACGCCAGCUUUGCCGAGUGGCUCUGUGACGUCAAGCACUGCACCCAGAGGUACCUCUGCCGCCCCGCCCGGGGGCACGCCUUGCUGGCCAUGAGCGCCUCCUGCCGGGCACCGGAGCUGCGGCCCGCACAGGUGCACCAGCUGGCCCGCCACCUGCUCUGGGCCGAGCUGGGCAUGGAGCCCUGGCAGCUGGCCCUGUGGCUGGUGUGGUGCGGGGCCCCCGUGGAGCGCUGCCUGGAGGCGGAGGAGAGGCUGCUGCCCCUGGAGCCCCGGGUGCUGGAGCUGCUGGUGCUGGCUGGGGCCCGCCUGGGGGCCCGGGGGCCCGGGCCCUCCCUACAACAUGUGCUGGAGCGGGAGGAUUCGGUGCGGCUGCUCCUGGAGAACGGGGCCAGCGUCAACCAGCGGGAUGUCCACGGGCGGACUCUGCUGGCCAGCACUGCCCACAGUGGCAACCACGAGGUGGCUGGGCUGCUUCUGGCUCGCGGGGCACAGGCAGAGACCCCAGACCAGCACGGGCAGACCCCCAUGACUCUGGCAGCACGCCAAGGGCACACCAAGGUCUUGCUCUGCCUGCUGGCCUAUGGAGCCCACGUGGACCGCCCUGACCGCGAGGGCUGGACGGCACUGCGAGCCGCCGCGUGGGGCGGCCACCGGGAGGCCGUUGGCGUCCUGCUGCGGGCAGGGGCCAGUGUGGACUGUGCGGACGCGGAGGGCAGGACUGCGCUCCGGGCAGCGGCCUGGGGGGGCCACCAGGACAUCGUGACCAUGCUGCUGCAGCACGGGGCAGACGUCAACAGGGCCGACACGGAGGGGCGGACGGCGCUGAUUGCGGCAGCCUACAUGGGCCACCGCGAGAUUGUGGCGCUGCUUCUGGCCCGCGGUGCCAGCGUGGACCACGCCGACGUGGACGGGCGCACAGCACUCUCUGUGGCAGCCCUGUGUGUCCCUGCUAGCCGGGGCUACGCCCAGGUGGUGGAGCUUCUGCUGGAGCAUGGAGCCUGCCCAGGACACCCGGACCGGGACGGCAUGACCCCGCUGCUGGUGGCAGCCUACGAAGGCCACGCAGACGUGGUGGAGCUGCUGCUGGACGCUGGGGCCAACGUGGAUCAGGCGGAUGCUUCUGGCUGCACCCCGCUUCUGGCAUCCGCCUCCAUGGGCCACCAGGCCGUGCUCGACACCUUGCUGCUGUGGGGGGCGGCUGUGGAUGUGCUGGACAGUGAAGGGCGGACGGCCCUGGGGGUGGCAGCCGGCCAGGGCAGCGAGGCGGUGGUCAGGGCCCUGCUGCGGCGGGGCCUGGAUGGAAACCACCGGGAUGGCUUGGGCUGGACCCCCCUGCACUUGGCUGCCUGGCAGGGCCACGCCAGGACCUGCACCGCCCUGCUGGAGGCGGGGGCCCGGGUGGGCGAGCCAAACGGCGACGGGCGGGUCCCGCUGAUGCUGGCGGCCCAGGAAGGCCACCUGGAGGCCGCCCGGCUGCUGCUGGAGCACAGCUCCCCCAUCGACCACCAGGGCUAUGACGGGCUCUCCGCCCUGGCCCUGGCCAUGCUGGGCGGGCACGGGGCCACCGCCGAGCUGCUCCUGCGGAAGGGGGCCGACGUGAACCUGCUGGACGCCGAGGGGCGCCCCAUGCUCUACCUGCUGGUGCUGGAGAGGCGCCUGGCCAUGGCCGAGUUGCUGUUGGAGAACGGGGCCAGCCUGGAGGGCCGCGAUGCCCAGGGCCGCACCGCCCUGCAUGUGGCCUGCUGGCAGGGCCGGGUGGAAGCGGGGCGGCUGCUGCUGAGCUACGGAGCGGACGUGGACGCCCUGGACCGGGAGCGCCGCUCGGCCCUCCACUUGGCUGCCUGGCAGGGCCACGCCGGGAUUGCCCGCUUCUUGCUGGACAACGGAGCACAGGCUGACCACGCUUGCUGCCAGGGGGCCACCGCCCUGGGCAUCGCUGCCCAAGAGGGCCAGGCCGAGGUGGUGCGGGUGCUGCUGGAGCACGGGGCCAAUCCCCACAUCCGGGACCGAGCCGGGCGCACCCCCGUGCGCAUGGCGGCCAAGCAGGGCCGCCCAGCGGUGCUGCGGCUGCUGGAGCGCUACGGGGCCUCUCCCGUGCCCCCCUCCCCGCAGCCGGGCUCCUCCGGCAGCUCCGCCGGCAGCCCCGCCCCCGCCAGCAAGCAGAGCAGCUCUCCCUCGGCCUCGCUGGACUCGGUGGGCGAGCGCUGCCCGUCGCAGGCCUCCCGCGGCUCCUCGGGGGCCGCCUCCUCCUCCACCUUCCACUCGCUGGCCACGGCCCAAACGGUGCCCAUCGACAGCCUCCACUUUGCCCAGAAGAUCCAGCAGCAGUCACUGCCCCGCCGGCGCCAGGCCGCCCUCUCGGCCCUCCAGCCCCCGCCAGCUCAGGACAAGCAGAACGGGAAGGCUGGGGGGGCCCUGCUCUCCCUCGACACGCUGGACCCCCACCUGCACCUCAAGGCCGCCAUCAAGCUGCAGUUCGAGGGCCCCACCUGUGGAUACGGGUACAAGCAGGAGACGCCCCUCUGAGGGGCCCAAGGCCCUCUGCCCCUCCCGGGGGGGGGUCUCUCUUUGGCACAAAUCCCCUCCAGGCAAGGCAAGCCUACUUCCCGGGACAUCCAAGCCUGCUCCAAGAGGGCUCUUCCGAGGGGAGCCCCUCCUGGCCUGAGGCGUGGGGGGUGCCCUUCCCUCCUGCCAGCCCACCUCAGAGGAAUCCCACCCGCAUGUGCAGAUGCCCACCCCAAGCCUCCCAGCCCUGAGCCAGAGGUGCCUUCAGCUUCAGGAAGUGCUUCGCACUGACCCCCACAAGUAGGGGGUCGCUUCUGCAUCCUGGCACUCUGGGGCCGAGGGAUUGAGGGACAGCUGGUGAAAUGGGGGGGUGGAGAUUUCAUGAGGGGAGCAGCAUGUCUGGGGGGGUCUCCUUAGCAGCCUGGGGUGCUCCGCUCCAGGGCUGGGCUGGCCCGGCCCGAAGCGCUAUCCCCGGCCUUGGGCCCCUCACCUUGGCAAGACCAUGGUGCUUGGGGGUCUCCAGCUUGCCUAGGCCCCCAGAGUGCUUUGGGCUCCCUUGAGCUCCCUGGGGGGCACUUGCAGCCACGUCUUCGUAGCCUCCAGAGGAGUGGCCAGCUCAAAGAGCCUCUUCGGCGUCCACCGGCAACCUCCUCUGGGCCCCUGCCUUCGGCCGGCCAUGGGGGCCCCUGGGUGCUCAGCCUGGCCUGGUGCUGCGGCCUGCUGCCUCCAUCUGUGUCUUAACUGCUGAGAGUCACCACAAAUGACUUUGAAGCCACUUGAUACCAAAAAUGGCGGGGGGGGCAACAACCCCCCCCCCCGCUGUGCACCUACUACCUGUGUGCCAGCAGCCACUCCCCUGUCCCCUCACAUGGAGGCCACCAGUUGCUGCUGUGGGGCACGGGCUGCACUGAUGCUGACUCUGGUGCUCGCCUCUCGUGGGCCUUCUUGUGUGGAGUUGCAGGCUCCCCCCCCCACCCCCGGCCGGUCAAUAAAGGUCCAACUCUG